AUGGAGGAUCAUAUUGUUAACCAUCCGGGGCACAAUCAUCUAUUGAGGGAAUUGGGAAGGGGAACUGUUUUUCUGGACGGUGGUCGUGCAUGCUCCGUAUGCAACCGAGUGUUGGGAUAUCACCAGAAUGUGUUUUACUGCCCAGAAGAGGGGUGUGAGUAUUUCUUACACUCGUGGUGUGCUUACUGGGGAUGUAAGGAUGAUUAUUAUUCAGAUCAGAUAGACCACCCUCUACACCCUCAACACCCACUUACUCUUUCACUCUACUACUACUUCUGCAAGCAAACAAGAACUUCAGGCUUGUUACUCCACUGUGCUCCCUGUGAUUUCUACCUUGACUUUUUUUGUGCACGAGAGUUUGAAGACAAGAAGCAGUUACUUUCUCAAUAUGAGGUUCAACAUUUCUUCCAUAAAAAACAUGCCUUGUUGCCUCAUCGUCAUUCAUUUUAUUCAUUUUCGUCCUCCGGUUAUGAGCGUUAUCAUUAUUUUUCUUCACCUUCCGGCUCCCAUUUUUGUGGAGCGUGCGGCAUCGGCAUUUAUGAUGGUGAGCACGUCUUGAAAUGCAGUGGCAGGGGAUGUGAGGAUUAUUAUCUCCAUGUGGGCUGUUUUCGAGUCCCGGAAGAGAUGAAACAUCCGUUGCAUCCCCAACACACUCUCACUCUUGUUCCAAGAUCUAUUAUUCAAGUUGGAGACGAAGACAAAGGAGAAGCCCUUACAUCCAAAACAUACUAUCACCCUUCUUUUAAGAACAGGAUUCAAGGUGGAGAAGAAGACACAUACUAUCACCCUUCUUUUAAGCACAGGAUUCAAGGUGGAGACGAAGAGGAAGAGCAAAAGCUUCGAUGUGGCGCAUGUAACAAUCUAAUCAAGAGGAAUGCAUUUGCGCUCAACUGUAACCAGUGUUCCCGAGGAGGUUUCGCUUUUGACAUGAGAUGUGCUUUUCUAAAUCCCACUGUCAAAUACGACCGUCAUGAUCAGCAUCUUCUGGCACAUUAUAAUCAUAUAGAUGUGCAAGAUGCUCUCUGUGCUGCCUGUAAUAAGCGCUGCCUCUGGAAUUUGUACCGUCGUUUUGCCUGCAAUUUCAAUAUCCACAAAGCAUGUCUCUCGUGUUAA